AUGCACUACCCUCGCUGCGAUCCUGCACGACAGUCUACCCAAGGACGAACUGACUACACCAGCGCUGUCCGCGUCGAUCCUCUCUCUCCUCAAGCGCCGACGCGCUUUUUACUCAAGUACAGACAUCCAGGGAUCGACUGGACCUCGAACACCGCUGUUCCAUCGGCCUACCUCCAAGCUGUCGCCUUGAAACCUGACAACGCUCCUUCAAAACUACACGACCGAACUACCACAAACGAUUAUUUCCGCCUUUUCUACGUAUGGGACCGACGGAACCACAUAAAGUUUUUAGUGGACAUAGGAGCAGCAAUCAGCGUGAUACCCCCCAAAGAACAGCAAGACCGAAAGGCGACCCCGUAUAAGCUCCAGGCAGCAAACGGCUCGACGAUCGAGACAUAUGGAGCCAAGACACUGACUCUUAACAUCGACAUGCGGCGUGAUUUUACCUGGACUUUCACCCAGGCAGACGUAAAAACGCCAAUACUCGGGGCAGAUUUCCUGGCCCAUUAUGAUCUAGCCGUGCACAUGAAUACGACGACUUUAUCAGACAAUACCACGAACAUUGCUGUUAAAGGCACCCUCUCUCGACACAACACCACUGGAAUCAGUCUAACAACUUGCCACGGACGAGAGUACAUCGAGAUUCUAAACAGAUACCCGGACCUCAUUCAACCACUCGCAGGUACCGGUCCGGCAAAACACCAAACACAGCACCAUAUAAAGACCAGUGGACAGCCAACAUUUUCCCACCCACGACGACUUCCUCCUCAUAAGCUGGAAUACACCCAAAAGGAAUUUAAAAAUAUGCUGAAGGACGGAUUCAUACGACCCUCCGAUAGCCCAUACGCCUCACCCCUACAUCUCGUACCUAAACCGGGAAGCACAGACUAA